GCUGUCCUGGAUAAAGGAAAACGCAAAGAAAGCAUACUGGUCGACAAUUCAUCCACACUGGGUGUACAAAAGCAACCAUGCCACUCUAUGGUGACUUUUGUGUGCGGCUGCAAAAUGCCGCCCGCGCUCGCAUUCGUUCCGUUCCUGUCCAGGCAACCAAGGACAAUCUCUCCAUGGCGCAGAUCCUGCUUCAGCAAGGCUUCAUCUACAACGUCACCCGCGGCACACUUGCCGGCCCGUCGCCAGCCACUUGGAACAAAGCGGGGAUCGCGGACCGACGCUUAUGGAUCGACCUCAAGUACCGCAUGGACGAGCGGCCAGUCCUGGGAAACAUGUCACUCAUAUCCAAACCUUCGCGGCGGCUCGUGAUGGAUACUGGGGAGCUGCUACGCUUUGCAACAGGCAGAAGAGCAAAGUUCGUCAAGCCAUUAACUCUAGGAGAGAUUGGUCUUGUCAAUUGCGGGUCAGCUGGGUGGUUUGAAGUCAAGGAUGCUAUUCAGAGAGGCCUUGGAGGCGAGUUGGUUGCCCGCGCUUCAUAACCACAGCAGGACGCACUGCAACACGAAAUUGCACUAUCCCUCGUACCGCUCCUAAUCUUGCAUUGCAUAUCCGACAUUGUAUCAUACCGCAAGCGUGAAAUUCCGCAUCAUCGCUUUCUGCGACCCGGUCU